UCCUCCCUCCCGACAUACUCAUACCAAAGUAUUGGGGGGGAGAGAGAGAGAGAGAGAGAGAUUGCCAGCCAAAGCUUUCACUUUCUCGUUUUCUCUCCGGCAAUCCAUUGUUUGAUCCCGUUGUAGAGGAAUUAAGAUGGGACUGAGGAAGUUCGCGGUGCUACUGUGCGCCGAGGACUCGGAGUACGUGAAGAGCAAGUACGCGGGGUAUUUCGGGGUAUUCAAGGCAAUGCUCGCCGGGCCCGGUGAGGAGUGGGACGUGUUCCGCGUCACCCGCGGGGAGCUCCCCCGGGACGAGGCGGAGAUUGGGCUGUACGAUGGGUUCGUGAUCACCGGGAGCUGCAGCGACGCCCAUGGCAGCGACCGAUGGAUCCAUGACCUGCUGGAUUUCCUCAAGAAGCUGGACUCAUUGAAGAAGAAGGUCCUCGGUAUUUGCUUUGGCCACCAGAUAUUGAGCCGUGCACUCGGAGGCACAAUUGGGCGUGCGAAAUCGUGGGACAUCGGGCUAAGAAAUGUGCAGCCGUCAGCAACAUCGAAGCUCUUCUCAUCUCUUAAGCUGCCGUCCGGGCUCUCGAUCAUCGAAUGCCACCGUGAUGAGGUGAAGGAACUGCCUCCAAAAGCUGAGGUGAUUGCGUUCUCUGACAAGACCGGCAUCGAGAUGUUCAGCUUCGGGGAUCACAUCAUGGGGAUUCAGGGCCACCCUGAGUACACCAAGGACAUCCUUCUCCACCUCAUCGACCGCCUUCUGCAGAAGACGCUCAUCACGGAGUCGUAUGCUGACGACUUGAAGGCUAAUAUUGGGGCAUGUGAGCCAGACAAGGAGGCAUGGAGGACACUCUGCAUCAGCUUUCUCAAAGGGACUCCAUUGUGAUGAUAAUUCCAUCACCCUUCAAUAAAAAAAAAAAAAUUAUGAAAAGUUGAGGAUAUUAAUUGAAAGAGAUUUUGAAAAAUGAGAUCCAAUUGGGUCCCCUGAAAAUUUUGCAAAUACUUCAGUUGUUUGGAGGAAAGACAGGAUCAUCGGUAACUGAUGAGACCGUUUUUGCUGGCACCUGUUCGAUAUGUUAUCAUCAACUGAUUAAGAAAAGUGGAAGAUUUGGCAAUUGUCAA